UUACCAAAUGACACCUAAUUCUAUUGGUUAUAUAUCUGAUUUUAAAUAUACUAAAUUUAUUAUGUGCAAUUGUUGUAUAUAAAUAUUGCAUAUGUUUUGAAAAAGUUGAAAAAGCGUGCCAAUAGGCUCUUAGAAGACUUCCCCAAUAUCAAACCUCUUUUUUCCAAUUUUAAAUUUUGUCCCACUCUUCUUUUUUCUCGGUCUUUCUUUCAUUUCUUCUUUUUUUACUUCUCUUUCUCCUUUCUCUCAUCCCACUCUCCAGAAUCUUAUUUGUGUCUUCUUCCUAACUCUUUCACAUCCCCCACACAACUCCCUUCUUGUUUCCCUUCUCCGCGGUCUCAGCUCCCAUGGAGGUCUCUCUGACCCUUCUAUGCCUCAUGUUCAUGCCCCUUUUCACUAACUCCCUCAUCCUCAGGUCCCUUAACCACCAUUGUCUACCCAACUUAUCGAAAAAUAAGCUCAACGUCAAAUUUAUUCAUUAUUUUUAUAUUAUUUUGGCUUAAAUUAAUGUAUUUGUUGAAUUUUUGGCUAAGAUUAGUUGAAAUUAGAUAUUAAAUCGAGCUCCAAUUGAACUGAGAUUGAGCCAAUAUCUAGUUGGAUUAGAUCGUAUAUCCAAUAGUUACCGAAUUCGGAGAUGGAGCAUAAAAUAAAAAUUCGUCACAUAUACGGAUCAAAUUCAGAACUAUUUUUUUUAAUUGGAUUCAGAUUAGGAUCAACCAGAAUUCGAUCCAUUGAUAGGCCCCUUGGGAAGGGUGGUGGGUAAGAAUUUAUUUAGAGGUGUUAAAAUUGCUAUGAACAUGUCGAGAUCACCUUAGUCAAUUUCUCUUGAUUUAUCUUGUAGUGAUACUGUUUGUACUAUCAUGAAUACAAUAGGUCCCAACUCUAUCAUUACUUUUGUUACCACACAUCCCUCUUAUCAUCUGCUUUUUAGCUGUACUUAGUUUUGGAACGUAAUGUUUCUUGGUUGUUCUUUAUUUUGUUUGUUUCUUUGUUGCCCAAUGUAUCUGUAUCAUAACUGAUUUCUCGGUUUCUUGUUUUAUGUGAUGCUGUAGACAAUUCCUCAACCCCUAGUGUUAUGGAUGGAGACAAGGUUCAGCUUGUCUGAAAGAAAACUUCUUUUGUAAAUUGUAGUGUCUUCUGCGUUGGAGUUGGAACAAUAUAUACUAGUGACUACUGCCACUCUUGGGCUUGUGUUUUUAUAGAACAUAGUAGUUGUGGUAUGAUGACUCCCAUAGAAUGACCUGUGAAUGAGACAAUCCAGCAACUUAGAUGUUAAGAUCCUACAAAUUGGAAUGCUACAAUACGAUGGAUGAAAUGUCGAGAUUCUACUUUUGGCACCCGGCUAGGUCCCAUUGUAAAUUGUAAUGGAUCCAGAGGAGGGGCAAUAGAAGCAAAGCCAUUGUAAUGCAAUUGGCAAAAAAUAGUUUCAAUUGUUUUAGGAUCAUCUGCCUUAUAUUCCCUUAAAAUUUAUGAUGAACCUGAUAGUUACUCACAAAAGUUUGAAUAUUGGUACAAUUUGUCAAUCAACUGUGGUAGCAGAGUUUGUUCUUAAUACAGAAUUGGUUAACUAUUAACUGUAAUAUUAAGUUUGCAUGUUUUGUCCAUAUUUAGAUGAUUGAAAUGAGUUGUGUUAAUUAUGUAUCUUAGUUUCUGGUAUUCAAAUUGAAGUAGAUACUUGCUUACCAUCAAAAGACACAUUUGGGGCACUGAGAGGAAAGAUCACUUACAUUCUCAGGUUUGCAUUUCAUCCUAGCAUAUAUGGUUGAUUGACAAUUGGCAGAUAAGAUGUUUCCCAUUUUCGUGAAAGUCUCUAUAUUAUUGUGAGAAAUGCUGGUGCUUAAGGUUGAGUCAGCACUCCCUACUAGUAAUGGGAUGCUUAUUUAUUUAUUUAUUUUUAUCAGGUAUGGUGGAACCAUCACAAAUCAGAUUAAGAGACUUGGCGCUUCUUGUGAUUGGACCAGAGAGCGUUUCACCCUCGAUGACCAGCUAAGUCGAGCUGUCAUUGAGGCUUUUGUUAGGCUUCACGAGAAAGGUCUAAUCUAUCAAGGUUCUUACAUGGUCAAUUGGUCCCCUAGUUUGCAGACUGCAGUUUCAGAUUUGGAAGUAGAAUAUUCAGAAGAACCUGGUAAUCUAUAUUACAUUAAGUAUCGUGUUGCGGGAGGUUCAAGGACCCAAAAUUAUUCUAGCUUUUCUCUUUAUUUUUUCAAAGAUUACUCUGGUGCCUCUUUCCCUGUCCAUUUCAUGUUGAUGAGAAGCCAUCAACAUCUUAUCAAAAUGAACUAUCCUCGAGAAACUGCUCCACAACAAAGUAUGAAUAGCAUUGCAGCUCAGUGCCUUGAUGGUUUUAGGAGUGUUACCUUCCAUGGUCAUCAAUUUAAGCAAUUGGUUGAUGUUCCAUUUGUCACCUGUUCUUACAUGGUCAAUUGGUCCCCUAGUUUGCAGACUGCAGUUUCAGAUUUGGAAGUAGAAUAUUCAGAAGAACCUGGUAAUCUAUAUUACAUUAAGUAUCGUGUUGCGGGAGGUUCAAGGAGUGAUUAUCUGACAAUUGCAACAACACGUCCAGAGACUUUAUUCGGUGAUACAGCAAUUGCAGUGCAUCCUGAGGAUGAACGCUAUGCUAAAUAUAUUGGAAGGCAAGCAAUUGUGCCAAUGACAUUUGGCCGUCAUGUUCCGAUAAUCUCUGACAAGUAUGUUGAUAAAGACUUUGGAACGGGCAUCUUGAAGAUCAGUCCUGGGCAUGAUCACAAUGAUUAUCUUCUUGCUCGGAAAAUUGGUCUUCCUAUACUCAAUGUGAUGAACAAGGAUGGAACGCUCAAUGAAGUCGCUGGAUUGUACUGUGGCCUUGAUCGGUUUGAGGCACGGAGGAAAUUGUGGUCCGAUCUUGAAGAGACGGGCUUAGCUGUCAAAAAGGAGCCCCACACUUUACGAGUUCCUAGAUCCCAACGUGGUGGAGAAAUAAUAGAGCCUCUUGUAAGUAAACAAUGGUUUGUCACCAUGGAGCCCAUGGCUGAGAAUGCCCUCAAGGCAGUGGAAAAAGGGGAACUAACCAUUAUGCCUGAAAGAUUUGAGAAGAUAUACAAUCACUGGCUGUCAAAUAUCAAAGACUGGUGUAUAAGCAGACAACUAUGGUGGGGACACCGGAUACCUGUUUGGUAUAUUAUUGGAAAAGACUGUGAAGAAGAAUAUGUAGUUGCUAGGAGCUUAGAAGACGCUCUUCAGAAAGCUCGUGAGAAGUAUGGAACAAAUGUUGAGUUAUAUCAGGAUCCAGAUGUUCUUGAUACUUGGUUUUCAAGUGCACUAUGGCCCUUCAGUACUUUGGGAUGGCCCGAUGUCUCAGCUGAGGAUUUUAAACGGUUCUACCCGACAUCCAUACUUGAAACUGGGCAUGACAUAUUGUUUUUUUGGGUGGCACGUAUGGUAAUGAUGGGAUUGGAGUUCACAGGGACUGUUCCGUUUUCCAAUGUGUAUUUGCAUGGGCUUAUCCGGGACUCACAGGGGCAAAAAAUGUCUAAAACAUUGGGAAAUGUAAUAGAUCCAGUUGACACUAUCAGAGAGUUUGGUACUGAUGCUCUACGGUUCACUCUUGCUUUAGGAACUUGUGGUCAGGAUCUAAAUUUAUCUACUGAGCGUUUGACCUCUAAUAAGGCAUUCACGAACAAAUUGUGGAAUGCUGGCAAGUUUGUGUUGCAGAAUUUGCCUAGUCUAAGUGAUAUACCUGCUUGGGAGACUAUAACGGACUAUAAGUUUGAUCAAGAGGAGUAUCUGCUCAGGCUGCCUUUACCAGAAUGUUGGGUGGUCUCGAAACUUCAUAUGCUUGUGGACAUGUCCACCACGAGUUACGACAAGUUUUUCUUUAAUGACGUUGGAAGAGAAAUAUAUGAUUUCUUUUGGGGGGAUUUUGCCGAUUGGUAUAUUGAAGCUAGUAAAGCUCGCCUUUACCAUUCCGCAGGUCAUUCAGUUGCUUCUGUGGCACAGGCAGUUCUUUUAUAUGUUUUUGAAAACAUACUCAAAAUAUUACAUCCUUUCAUGCCAUUCGUUACUGAGGAACUAUGGCAGGCUCUACCCAAUCGAAAAGAAGCUCUUAUAGUAUCUUCUUGGCCACUCAGUUCGCUUCCGAGGCAUGCCAACUCCAUAAAAAGAUUUGAAAAUUUACAGGCUUUGACAAGAGCGAUCCGAAAUGCUCGAGCAGAGUACUCUGUUGAACCAGCAAGGCGUAUAUCAGCAUCUAUAGUUGCAAGUUCAGAGGUCGUCCAGUAUAUAGCUUUGCCUCAAUCCAAUGGAUGA